AUGCCUUCUCGUCGAAGACUGUCACUUAUCGAUGGACGGCACACCUUCCGAAGCAGACUGAAACGUGUAUUAUCUCUGUCAUCCACCGAAUCGAGCAACGAAACCAGGAGCCAGAGGCCUAGAAUAAUUCAGACCGCUGGGAAUAAGUUAUCUUCCAAGAACAAUGAAGCUCUCGGACGCAGAAAAGUCGGAAUUGAAGCCGAUAAUCAGGAGGGUUGCCAUUGGCGACCGUGGGAGAUGAAAUCUGAGAAUGAGAUAAGUCGGCCCGAGACUCUAUCCGAGGGCGAACCCGAAGAGUCUAUACAACAUAGUAUUAUUGCACUGAAAUGUGUAUCAGAAUCUUUAGAAAAUUCUGUUAACCAACAGGUUGCUUGGAAUGAGACGAUCCGGCAUGAUCUGGAAGAUGCUCUGAGCCGGCUCGCCACCAUGGAGACUCGAAUGAAAGAUGCGAUGGACCAGAAAAAGUCUGCAGUGUCGAAAACCAAUUAG